AUGGGGAAGGGGAAGAAGUCGAAGGAGAAGGAGAUGGAGAAGAAACCGGUGGACAUUCUCGCGGCGUCCGACGAGGACUCCGACGGCGGGGAGGAGGACCUCUCCAAGAUCCAGAUCAACGAGGAGUACGCGCGCCGCUUCGAGCACAACAAGCGGCGGGAGGCGCUGCAACGCCUCGAGGAGCGCAGGAAGCAGGGCCUGGUCCCCGCCUCUGACGACGACGAGUCGGAGUCCGAGUCGGAGUCGUCUGAGGAGGAGGACGAGGAGGCCGCCAUUGCCUCGCGCCUCGUCGACCGCCGCGUGUUCGAGGUGAUCCGCCGCAUCCGCAGCGGCGACCCCCGCAUCCUCGACAAGGACGCCAAGGUCUACUCGGAGUCGGAGGAGGAAAAGGAGGGCGGCGAAGAAGCUGAGGACGCCGAGAAGGAAGAAGAGUCCAAGCAGGGGAAGAGAAAGGCCAAGAAGGAGAAGCCUCUGUACCUCAAGGACGUCAAUGCCCGCCACCUACUCGAGGAGGGCCCCGAGUUCGCAGCGCAGUCCAGCCGGAGCAGCAGCAAGUUCGAGAGGAUCGCCUAUGACGAGCAGCAGAAGAAGGGAUUGGAGGCUUUCCUUGAGGCACAGAAAGAAGUAUUAGGCGAUGGCGAGGACGACGAUGAUUUGUUCCAGGUGAAGCCCAAGGCUAGAGCAGGGGCUGAUGACGAAGCGGAGGAGGAUGAGGAGGAGAAGCAGACCAAGGAGCUUGCUGGUGAGGUCUUUGGGAAGGAUGAGGAGCUGGAUGAGAACGACAAGUUCUUGAAGGAAUUUUUCCUUAAGAGGCCGUACCUUGAGGCAGAGAAGAGGAAGUCCUAUCUGGAUGAUAUCCAGGAAUUGUCAGAUGAUGAAGAGGAGCUUGAGAUUCAGGAAGAAUAUGAACAUGGUUAUAGUUACCGGCAUGAGGAGGCCAUGGCAUCAGGGGCAGUGGUGGCAGACCGGGUAAUGGGACAUUCAAGAGUUGUUGAGGGGUCGGUGAGGAAGAAGGAGAGCAGCAGGAAGCAGCAGCGCAAGAGCAAAGAGGAGAGGAUGGCCCGUAUUAAGCAAGAGCAGGCAGAGGAGCUGAAGCAUCUCAAGAAUUUGAAGAAGAAAGAGAUUGCAGAGAAGCUUGAGAGGAUCCGAAUGAUUGCUGGGAUUGAAGGUGAUGCUGCUUGUAAGCUUGGUGCUGAUGACUUGGAGGAGGAUUUUGAUCCAGAGGACUAUGACAAGAAAAUGCAGGAGAUGUUUGAUGACAGUUACUAUGAGGCUGAUGAUGUUGAUCCUGAGUUUGGAAGUGGUGAGGAGAUGGAUUUGGAGAAGCCGAAUUUUGACAAAGAAGACGAAUUGCUUGGGCUUCCUAAGGGCUGGGCUAGUGACCAGUCAAAGGAAGAGUCUACUGCCACUGAUGCGAAAGGUGCAAAAGGGAAGAUCUCCCUCAAAGACAAGGUGGAGCUUGAGAAAGAGAUGGAAGAGUACUACAAGUUAGACUAUGAGGACACUAUUGGAGAUAUCAAGACUCGGUUCAAGUAUAAACAGGUUAAGCCCAACAGUUUUGGUCUGAGUGCCUAUGAUAUAUUGACAGUAGAUGACAAGGAUUUGAACCAGUAUGUUUCCAUUAAGAAGCUAGCUCCUUACAGAGAGGAUGAAUGGAAGGUUACACAUCAUAAGAGGCAGAGCAAAGAUUUGAUCCUUGGAGUCCAGAAGAAGGAAGGGAAGAAGGACAAAUCUGGCAAGAAAUCUAGGUCUGAGGAAGGUGGCCCUAGUUCUUCAAAAACAGAGAAAGACAGGCUGACAAAUGGGCAAGAGUCAACAGAUGACAAGAAAAAGACUACCAGGAGUGAAAGAAGGAAGCGUCGUAAGGCUGACCUAAAGAUAUCCGAUGAUCGAUUAGCGGCAUUUGGAAAGACAAAUUCGAAGCGUCACAAGAUCCAUUGA